AUGCAGGAGCGUUAUUCAAGGGCCAUUUCUCCAAAACACCCUGUCGGAAAGAAGCCAAUUAGAGUUCGAGUUCUGAUGCUGGAUGGUCGCAUUGAGAACUUCAUACUGUCAGUAAGGUUAUUACAAUACCCGUUUUAUAGCCUCGAUGUCCGGGACAAGAAUUUUUCGACCUCGUUGUUCAAACUCUCAAACUACAAGACACUGACUACUUUGAUUUGGAGUUUGAGGACGCUAUGGGAAAUAAGACGAUUAUUUGCGAUGCAAGUGAAAAGAGACCUUAUAGAUGGAGAGUUAAAUUGUGGUGAAAAUACUGCUGCCUUACUUACCGCCUUCAUUCUCCAGGGAUAUUUUCCGCUAAAGAAAAACCUAGUCUUAGAAAGUAAUUUAACUUUUAGAGGGAUGUCAGAAGGAGAAGCAAAUUACCGUCUUUUGGAUGCUGCACGGAAGUUGGAAUUUUAUGGAUUGAAACUGCACCCAGCCAAGCACUUGCUCGCCUUUCAGGACAAUGGAGGAAUCCUCCUCAAUUUGGGCGUCACACAUGCAGGACUGUUUCUGUACCAAGCGAAGACCAAACUAAACCACUUUAGUUGGUCAAAGAUCCGCAAGCUAAGCUUCAAGCGAUCCAAGUUCCUGAUCAAACUACAUCCAGGAACUGAGUCUUUCGGACAGAGCACUGUGGAAUUCACUUUCGACAGUCGAAACUCGUGCAAGAAUUUCUGGAAAAAGUGUCUCGAGCACCAUGCCUUUUUUCGGUCCCGAGAGAUGCGGGGGGAGGCGGGCGCAGGGGGCGGUGGUCUGGGGGGUUUUGGGAAAGGCAUCUGGACCUCCAGCGCGCCAUCUGCACAUCCCUACUCUUCCCAACCAAGUCUUUGCUAUUCGGAGGACACGGGACCCAAAGGCAGCUUCUCUAGUGCUGGUGGCGGCGGAGUGCUUUAUCAAAGCGCAAAUCUCAAAAACGGACGCAACCAAGCCCUAUUUAGCAAGGGCUCAUCUUACAGGAGGUCCAUGUCAGUAGGUCGUCUCGACUCAGAAGAUAAUCUGAAUUACUUUGGCCCAUCAAGUCUUUGUCGUAGUGCUGCUCGUGUUGACGGAGACCACGGCAGUCGCGGUUCGGGGCUGCUCCGACCACAACGAGACCACUUUCGUGGAAGUAUCUCGAGUACAGUAGCCGCCGACUUUGGAAUGCCAACAUCCAGUCUUCCGGACCACUACCAACUCCUUUUUCUUUCCACUCCUAUUCGCCGACCUCUUUCAACAAGUUCAAACUCAUCUUGCACACAAAAUCCUUUUUUUAUUUCCAGGUAUCGAGCAAGUAGUGUCCACUCUGUGGAGCAGGAUAGCCUACAAACUGAGAGUCUGUACAAAGUUGGGUCGCAAUUGCUCGAGUCUGAACACGGGGCCCGUGUACCUCGGGUUUUCUCAGCGUCCGUGCUUAAAGCCCCGAAGAGGAGGCGUGGAUCUGGUAGUACUACUAACACCAAUUCACUAUCGGUCAGGUCGGCCACAACUAGACCCUCCGACUCAGCUAUCAAAGAUUGCCCGUCAGCGAGCUCCUUUAAUGGUCCGGAAUAUCUGGAUCCACCCAUGAAGCACCACUCGCGAACAAUGCACGCUGAUAGAAGCAGCGGAGAUCUCACACCUCCCAAUGCCCUUAAUAAGACUUCAUCGUUUUCCGAAGCAACUACACCGCCUUCGUUUCUAACAAAUGGCGCCCAAAUUUCUACUUCGAUUUCGCCAUCACACGGCCUAAGGACGAACGAGAAAGCGCCGUCAGUUCCAUGGACUCGCGCUUUCUCCACCGUGGUUCAUCACAGCCGUUUUGCUGAGAACUACGACAACGAGCCUGAGGAUGAUGAUAACUAUGACGAUAAUGCCACUAUCUCCGAUGAUUCACUCCUCCAACACCCUCUUUCGGUUUGCGCUUCUCGCGCCGUCUCUUCCAAUGACUUAUAUCGGUCCGAAUCAAUCGAUUUCCAUUACCCCGUGUGUGCUCUGGAUGAAUUGAAUUCGCCUCCGCAUCAGGAAGACGAUAGUAGGAAGGAAGUAGACAAUUUCCCAAUCGUCUCGCCUUUUGCUCGAGAAAGCCCCCUUGACUGGACUCACCCGGACAGCAACACCGCCUUCGUUGAUACCCACGGGUUGUCCUCCUACCCCUCACAAAGUGCACCAACCAGCCGACGUGCUUCGAAUUAUACAACUCUUGGUGAAGACUUUGAGGAAACUAGCCGUAUGGAAGAGGAACCGAGCAGCCUGGCACCCGCUCUUUCAAUCGGCGCCAUUUCCGCAAUCACAGGCGUCUCGUGUUUCGAAGACGACGACAAUGAUUGUAAGGGAGGUGAAAGUGUGGGGGCCUGUGAAGAUAAGGCCGGGAAAACUCAUCCGGCUCCGUUUUCUGGACCUUCAUCCCCAGCCAUCGACACCAUUUCCUCAUCAGUAGGACAACGAGCCCGAUCUGAACCGGUCGAACCGGUUGUACCGGAACAUCAUUUUUUCCCUGUUGACGUACGUCCUCGUAUAGCCAGACGGAUACACCGACAACGAAAGAAACACAGGACAAGAAAACGCGAGCCAAAUAUCAAACAGGAUUACAUUAAUUGGGAUUUAAUGGCUAGCUCAGUUCAACAAAAUGCUUACACCUUAAGUACUACAUCAAGAAUUCCGCGAAAAUUGUACUUUCAGAAAUCGGUGCCUCCAUACCACGAUCGAACAUUCCAUUUGGCAAAAGAACUUUCGAUGACAGAAAGAACCUACGUUCAUUCCCUCCAGCUCCUCCUUAAGGUAUUCUGCCUAGUCGUUGUUUUAAAGUCAGUCAACGAGUUUUUGCAUUUUUUUAAGCCUUCUCCAAGUAGCCCAGCUCCUGGGGAUAACUUUCACGUCCAAAUCACCCGUCUGGUAUCGCCUAUAUACUUACAUCACUCGGCUUUGCUCCAGUCCGCUUUCACGAGGGUGGUGGCGUGGGAGAAGGCAGCUAUUAGUGCGGCAUCAGCAAGGACACGAUAUCAAUCGGCGGUGGCCAACGCACACAAGGCACAGUGCACCAGACGUGAACGCGCGGUGAAGCAAAUUCAGGCGGGUCGUCAACGCCCUCAGCGCCCACAAAAAUGCAGAAAUGACAAUGCAUUUGGCAACGACUUCGGUGGAAAAAAUGAACUCUCGGAUUCAUCAACUUCCGUAAGCGGUGUUCCCCGUUCUUCCUCCAGAAAUGAAUUGCCACCGUCGAUUGAGGGGAAUCGAAGCCAGAUUCCACCUGCUGAAGGCUGCUACCUUACCACUUCAUCAACCUCCUAUUCCUCGUUUGUCUCAUCUUCAGAUAAUUCUGACGUAGAACACCUUUCUCAGAUAACUGAGACACCCCUUGCUGACCUCGCAUCGGCCGAGGCAGAGCUACGGGAGACCACACGAUGCUUGGCAGACUUGGCUCGAAUAGCCGAUGUGUACAGACAGCCUUUACUUGAGGUGCUUGUCUCCCUAUAUGAGUGCUUUCUCCAUGCCUUACCAGGUCUCCUUAAAGAGCAUAUUUCAAAAAUUGCUGGCCACGAUGAAUCAGGAUUGAUGGACAACUAUCCGUCCAGACUUGCGUUACUGAGAGCUCCAGCCAGAAGGUUGUGGUACUACACUCAAGCCUUCAGGCGUUUGGCAACAUUCUAUGGGACUGAGCACCCAGACUUAGAUGAUUGUAACGCUCUAACGUCACGACUGUCCAAAGUGGUGUUGAAAUUUAACUCUGUUUACCAAACUACGGAGGCCCUUGUCUUGGCCGUUGGGUUCUGGCGCGAUCCCCAACCAGCUGUCAAAGACCGAACAGGUGUUAACAAACGACGCUGCCGACGUGUCUCUUACGCCACAAUUCUGUAUAGCCUCGUCAGUGAACCUCACUUCCAUCUGAUUCGAGUUGGAUAUCUUGAAAAGAUGUCCUCAAAGGGUCAAGGCUUUCAACCUCGGAUGGCACUACUCUUUACAGAUCGUCUCGUUUACUGUGCACGCUCUUCCGGUACGGCCUCCAUGCAGCUAAAGGUGCAUGGUGUGAUCGCUCUUCACAACGCCGCAAUCGAACCACAACUAAAGACCUCGGUCUCCUUUUCUGAAGGGGUUGCUCAAGGCGAAACCUCACGCCGGAUGUCAUGCAAAGAGCAAUACAGCUUUGCUAUCUUUGUCUUCCCUGGGGAGAAGAUGGAGGAGAUAAGCUCAGAUAAAUCGGUACAUUCUCGUACCCACCGCAUAGUUUUUGCGGCUCCCAACGAAGAACAGAAGUGUCUUUGGUUGGAUGCUUUGUACAAGGUACUAGGCAGAAACAAGGAAAAUGACGAAAUGUCUAGCGGACACCUAUCCUCACCACCUGUGUCGCCAUUAGAAGGUAACUUUUUGUUUGUGCUUUUACCCGCUAAUGCUGCAGAUAUCACGUUGCAUGAUCUUCCUGGUGCCAGUGACAAGUCCCAGGUCUCCUCAGUUGCUCUGGAGAAACGUGAAUUCCCUUCAGACGUAGUUCCUGACCAAAGCGUGGACUAUUUGGGUUUGCUUGGUCCAAGAUCGCACAUCCAACAGACGGUGCUCCGGUGUAGCGGUCUGGCCUACGUGUGCUGGCACCGGCGGCUGACCGUGUCGCUAGACAAUGUCCUCAAUGCAAACGAGUGUGAGAUAAGUGGCUACCUUUUGCGGAAAUUUAAAAGCAGUUGUGGUUGGCAGAAACUGUGGACUGUGUUUACCGACUUCACCCUCUUUUUCUACAAAUCUGCGGAAGACUUUACCCCGAUCGCCAGCCUUCCCUUGCUAGGUUAUCGGCUUGAGUCGACACGACUGACGGCUACCUCAGCAGACGCUCCACUACAUAAGCUCAAUGUUCUCCAGUUGGCUUACAAAUCGCACAUUUACUACUUUAGAACCGAUGGCCCCGUCUCAUUUGAAAGGUGA